GCUUUUGCACUCUUCUCAAUUCCUUCCCGCUAUAAACGCAGCGCUGCAAAGGCUUCCCUCCCCUAAGUCUUCAGCAUUCAACUUCGCCCGUGUCGUCUGCGGUCAACCGCUGCCUCCACCCGCCAUGGACCCCAACUGCUCCUGUGCCACAGAUGGAAGCUGCUCCUGCGCUGGCUCCUGCAAGUGCAAAGACUGCAAAUGCUCCUCCUGCAAGAAGAGCUGCUGCUCCUGCUGCUCCCAGGGCUGUGCCAAGUGCUCCCAGGGCUGCAUCUGCAAAGAGGCUUCAGACAAGUGCAGCUGCUGUGCCUGAAGUGGGGGUGCCCACAAUUGCCUGUAAAUAGAGCAACGUGUACAAACCCUGUCCCUUUUUACAACCCUGAGCCGUUCUCCACACUUUUCUACAAAGAUGUAACUGACAAUAAAAGUUGAUUUGAUUAA